AUGAAGUGGGUCAAUUUAUUAAGUUGGUCUCUGUUAUUUAUUUCAAGUUUCGCAUUAGCUGAAUCUAACUCAAAGCAUAAAGAUCAACGCCGUGGUCAUGAUGGUAAUGUUUAUCUAUUGAGUAAUGGGAAAGUGGUUUCCAAUAAUGAUAACACUUUAUUAACCAAGCAUGAAGCGAUGACUUAUCUCGAUACAUUUUUGGAACUUGAUGAGCCAUAUGUCAAAUUGGGUGACAAUGAUCAAUUAAUUGAAUUACUUAAUGGAUUAUGGGAUGUUAAAAAGACUGGAUCCCCAAAAAUGAUUGUUAAUUUCAAAGGUGAAGAUUUAGAUGCAACACCAAUGUUUAAAACCAAACAUUUACCAUUAAAUAAAUUGAUAAAAAAUUUAGUUACAAGUGUACCAUCUGUACAAAAUUAUAAAUUGACACCAGAAUUGAAAUAUGUUACUAAUGAUUAUGAAGAUAGUUCUUCAUUAGUUUAUCAUUUCAAUUAUUUCACUGAAAAAUUAGAUUCCAUUUGGAAACAGUUUAAUGAAAAACAUCAACAAGAAAGUAAUCUGUACACACCUACAAAUGAUAAAUUGUUUAUCAAUGAAUUAUCUCAAUUGAUACAUUUGGGUGAAAAAACCAACCAAAAUAUUGGCAAUGGGAAUGGUAAAUAUGAUGUUUUCUUUUUCGAAGUAUCUUCAUUAUUAUCAAUCAAGAGAAAAAUUGGCGCUUCUUCAACUACAUUCAUUCAUGCUAAGGAAGUUAUGACAGAUUUAUUAUUGAAAUUGUCUGAAACAUUUGAUAUUGUUGUGGUUACUUUCCCUCAAAUCCAAGAAUUGUCACAUUUAAAUAAAAGAAACGCCGAAUUAUCAAUUAAAUCUUUCGAAUACGGUACUCAACAGGCUUGUGAAGUCGCUACCAAUAAAUGCAAUUCUCAUGGUAAAUGUAAUAAAGUUGGUGAUAAUUGGGCUUGUCAAUGUGAACCAUCAUUCAAUAAAACUACGUCGAAAACUACUACUUGGGUUGGUCAUGAUUGUUCUAAAAAAGAUGUUUCAGUAGAAGCAAAUCUUUUCCUUUGGACAAGUAUUGCCUUAGUGGUGAUUUUAGUUGGUGGUAUUCAAUUAAUGUUUGGAAUUGGUAAUGAUCCAUUACCAGGUGUGUUAGAUGCAGCUACUAUUCCAAAAAAGAGUAAUUUGUAA